AUAUGCAUAUAUAUAUAUAUAUAUAUAUAUAUAUAUAUAUAUAUAAGUAAAAUUUGAAAAUUUUUGGAAAGUGUUACAUCAUUUUUUUCAUCAAUUUAUAAAAAGUUCUGACAAGUAUCUGUCGUAUUGAAAAAAUGCAGAAUGUUUGAAAACUUCAAUCCCUUUCCAUCUCGUCAUUUUCCCUCUCUUUCUCUUUCUCUCUCUCUCUCUCUCUCUCUCAUACACAAACACACACACACAUUCUUUCCUACUCUUUCUUGCUCUUUCUCUUUUCCCCGUUCUUUCUUGCUAUCUUUCUCUUUCACUUAUUUUUUUUCUUGUACUCGUUCGUUCACGAUCUUCUUCCCACCACACGAUAUCAUUUCACAUCCGCCGGUCCAAACGAGGUUUCGUGCACUUUCGAAGACACAGAGAUGAGAAUUUUGUUACUCGAUUCAUCGUUCGUAAACCGUAUGUCCGUCUGGCCCGAUCAUUCGAGAAAUUGCGAUUGGCAAAUACGAAACGAAUAAAUUGAAAAGGUUAAAUCAUCGAUAUAUGUAUAUUUAUAUUUCUACGUUUAUUAUUAUUCAAGCAAGUUUGCUUUGAAUUAUUUAUUUUAAAUGUACGAAUAAAUAUUUAAUAAACUGUGGUGAAUCGCGUUUAAUCGCAAUCGAUGUUUGUGCGUGUGCGUGCGCGUACGUUUAUGGAAAUUUUAUACGGAAGUGAAAAUUUUAUAACAAGAAAUCAAUUAUUUAUUUAUUUAUUUAUUUACUUAUUUAUUUAUUUAUUAAAGAGUUAUAUUCGAUGUUCGUCGAUUCGAGAAAUUGAUAUUUCAAAUAGUGCUUUUGUUUCGCGCGAAAUUUUACAUCGUAAUGUGAUUCAAAUUUGCCACCAAAAAAGCGCCAUUUAAUUUUUUGUCUUUCUUUUGAUAAUAGAAAAUUGUGUACGUCUCUGAUAUAUCAUAAAUAUCGAAUUUUUUAAUUUAUUAUAAACGAUCGAACUGUCGACAAAAGGAAAAAGAGAGAGAGAGAGAGAGAGGAAACAGCCCGACGAGAGAAUUUUCAUUUGAAAAAUUCUGGACCGCUGAUUGGUCUGUUCUUAAAAAGUGGAUCGUUUGCCCUACAGCUAUAGGUCAUCUUACGUAUUAUGAUGAUUGGUUCGUGAAAAAAGAAAAUGACGAUCGUUUAAUUUAAAAAAGGAAAGGAAAGAAAGAAAAAUUAUUAUUAUUUAAAUGAAAGAAUACGAUUUUCAAAAAUGAUUUAUGUUAAUUACAUACGUUAUAUAUACUACUUGGUUACUUUCGCUUUAUAUAAAGAUACUCUAUGUGUAUGAACGAUGAGGUAAAUGAUAUAAAAUAUAAAAGAGUGAAAAAUGAAUAGACGAACGAGCCUACCAGGUGGAUUAAAUUCCUGUGAAAGGAUAAGACCGGAAAGACCAAGAAAUCCGAUUCAAAAGUUAAUAUGGAGUCCAAAUUCUCAAUUUCAAAUAAAUUAUGUAGGAAUAUUGGAGAACGAAGGAUCGAAUCCACGUAUGGCCUUGAGAAGAUUACUUCGACUUUAUGAAGGUAGACAAUUUCGUGAAGCGGCAGCUUUUCUGAUGAAGUUACCGCAGUAUACUUUGAAAACAGCUUUACCAGACAUUCCAGUGGAUUUGUUGAUCGAAACUUUACCGCACAGUUUAACUUUGCUCGAGGCUCUUUAUUGUAGACUCGUAGAAUUAAAUGUUACCGAUACGAAGAUCUUAAGAAUAGAACAAGUUCUUUGGAAGGUUGUACAAUUGUUGUCGAACAAUCAGGAUCAUGCACGUCCAAGGAUUUGGUGUAAAUUGUUGACGUAUUUAAACAGAUUGUCACCUAAUACAAAGAAUAUAUUGGCCUCGAGGAAAAAAGCUAUAGAAAGAGCAGUCGAAGGACUUGGGAAGCAUGGUUUAGUACCUUCGAGUUUGGAAGGUUCAACUAACACAACGAAUUCGAAUUUGGUACCACUUCCUGUUGUUCUUAGAGAACAACUUGAGGCACGUAUCGAUGCGUAUAAACUCGCAGUUCACAAAUUAGAAAGUUUUGGAAAAAAUACAGGAGUUCAUAAAGUAGAUCAAGGCGUCCAGGCUGCUUCCCAUCAGCGUCAACUUUCGCUAAAAUACAGCGAAGUUCAACAGAGAUUAAUAGACAAUCAAAGCCUAUUGAAUACAUUGGAGAAAGCUGGCAAUCCGUACAAUCUGGAAAGUUUGUUGGUAGAAUUGAAACGUCGAAUUGAACACGACAAGGAAGCUCUCAGACAAUGGACAGCAUUGAGAAAAUCUAUUGGUUUAGCUGGGACUAAAAAUCCAACAUUGGCCGCUAAUUUGUUACAAUUUUCAAAGGGUUGUUCUUUAACUUUACAACUUAUAUGUGAUGGGGGUUCAUCGAUGGAAAAGAUAUAUUCUUCGCCUAUACAUUUCGAGAACGAUUACGAAGAAGAAUCAUGUAGUACCGGAUAUCAUACCGACGAAAGUCGAACACCGGAACCGGUAGUAGUAAUUGCAAAUAAAAGACAUGAACUUUUCAAUAGGGAAGAAAGUUCUCAAGUGUUGAUUUCCGGCGAUUUACCGGUCGAACGUUUAUCCAAACGAUAUAGCAUGUUGUAUGCACAGGCACAUUUGCAUACUCUUGAUGCACUUGAUACCUUGCGUCCUCUUAACGAUGCACCCGAAUUAAAAGCUAAAAUACUUUAUUCCGUAGUCGUGUUAUCAUGGCGUUUAGCUGGAAUGGUUCAAACGUACAGACGUCUAGAAGCAUUAAAUAUCUUAAAUGGUACAACCACCGGUGUACCAUCGGUUGCAAAUAUCGAGGAAUGUAUAAUAAGACAAUUAGCUACCAGUGGUGCUCAAAGUGGUGUAGAGGAAGUAGCCGAGCAAGUGAUUAAUCAGCUGGAAAGAACGUUGUACGAUUUACCGUGUUUAAAAGAAUGCACGGAAAUAAAAAGAUACGCUUCCAUGUGCGCUGGUUUGGCAUGGGUUUGUUUGGCUCGUAAUACACCUCUGGUAUUGGACGUGGCACAGGAUAUAGAAUUUCGAAAGGAAGUUCAUUUGAGGCAUCACAGUUCCUCAAAUCCAAAUGGAACGAGAAUAAAAUCUGUAUUAUGGCCAGGUUUACGAGAAGGUUAUCAAGGUUCUUGUCUUCACAAAGCUGUUGUUAUAACCGUAUAAUAAUAUACGGUGAAUUAACAACAAAAUGAUAGAUUUUGUUUUUGAGCGGGGAAACUUUUGUUAUUAACGUUAUAUAUAUAACGAUGUAAUACAUAUACAGAAUGCGACGUGGAUAUUAUCAGAUAUUGAAAAACCAUAUCAAAUUUUUUGUACCUUAAUAUAAUUAAUAUCCAGAGAUCAUAAUAACUGUUAUAAUCUUAAUUUUGAAAAAUUACGAAAUAAGAAUUAAUAUCUUUCUUUAAAUGAUAUUGAUUAUGAAAGAUUCAAAUUUUUUUUAUUAUCAUUAACCAUUAUCGAUGCCGAAUAUUGCUUUUGGUAACAAGAAAAUCGUACAUUAUAUUCAUAUUUUAUAAAAAAAAAAAAAGAAAAAAAAAAGGAAAAAAAAAGAAAAAAAAAAGGGAAAAAAAUGAAAAAUAAAAAAUAAAAGAAAACUUGACGAAUAAGUUUCCAUCAAAGGGAAACUCAAAUAUAUUGUCCAAUUUAACGAUACUUGAACAAAUUUUUUAAUUCGUGUUCUUCGUUCAAAAUGAAAUGAAUUCUCGCGCCAAUUAAUACCAAGCAUCGAUUAAUCGAUACUUACAAACUCAUCCGUUAUUGGCCGCGCCAUUUUGUCCAAGUUUCGUCGCUACGAAGACACCAUCUAAGCGCCGAUAAUCCGAACUAACAGUGGUUCGAUGCGACAAAUCAAAUCCCGUCGGGUCUGAAAUGUGCGUGGAAUAAAAGAGAGAAAAAAAAAAAAAGGAUAAAAAAAGAAACACAUUCUCUCUCGGCGUCUCCGCCUCCUCCUAACGAACUCGAUAAUUUUUCAUCUAAAUUAUCUGGCAACGUUGGAUCGUACUCGUCUAUCUCUCUCUGAUCAUCAUCAUCAUCAUCGUCGUCUUCGUCGUUGUCUUCGUCGUCGUCGUCGUCGUCGUCGUUGUAGGCGUCAUCAUGAUGUAUGAAUCCAAGUGUCGACGAAGUUUGUUUUGAAUCGAUUGAAUGUGGAUAUUUGACUUUUUCGUUAUUAUGGUAAUUCCCUUGAAAAGGAGUGGCGUUGAGUUUAUUUAUCGUUAUGGCGUUAAUCGCUUAUAUCCGUCAAUAUUCGAUUGAGAAAUAAUAAAAAAAAUUUAAAAAAAAAAAAAAAAAAAAAAAAGAAAAAAAGAGAAAAAAGAAAAAGGAAAAAAGUGUUGAAAAUUGAUA